UGGUUGUGUCACUAAACAAAGCCCUGCUCCCUCCCAGCAAUGAUAUCCCACCCAGUUAUCUGUGCUUUUCGUGGUAGUGUGAAGUGUUGGCGACACCGGACUGUCCUGAAAGCUGCUCUGGGGACGUCGGGCUUCGGCAGCUGCCGUUGGUUGUCUUCGCCAACUGGCGUUACUGGCAUGGAGGAAAUAUUGGCAAGAGUCGUAUCUCCUCUACCCACAUACGAAACAAGAGAGAAGUCUCCUCCUCCUCCUGAAUCCAGCAGCUUGGAGUUUAUGCACUUCUACAGAAGUCUUGAAAGGGAUGACAAACUUGACUUCCUAGCAAAGCUGUCACGGGACUUCGGAGUGGAUCAUAAAAGUGUGUCAGAGUUUGCCGGAAAGUUACUCGACACUCAACUCAGAGACUUGGCGACCAUUUUGCAAGCUGAAGAUCGACUUCGCUACAGUUUGACUCCCCGCUAUAAACAGCUGCUAAACCACAUCAGCAGAGUGGAAGGGGGAGUAAAGUUUCUGGUGGACCUCCGAGCAGACGUGCUUGAAAUAAUCUCAUCAAAAAGUAGCGAGAGCGCACACUUCAGGGACCUGAAUGGCACGCUGAAGAGCUUGCUGUCCGAGUGGUUCUCCGUUGGUUUGCUCCGACUGGAGCGGAUCACCUGGCAGUCCCCCUGUGAGAUCCUGCAAAAGAUCAGCCAGUACGAGGCGGUGCACCCUGUCAGGAACUGGGCUGAUCUGAAGCGCCGAGUGGGGCCUUACCGCCGCUGCUACGCCUUCACCCAUGCUGCCAUGCCGGGGGAGCCUCUGGUCGUGCUGCAUGUGGCCCUCACAGAAGACAUCUCUGAUAACAUACAGAGUAUUGUUCGGGAGUUUGCCACGCCUGACCAUGAGGAGGACGUAAAUAAGAUAAACACAGCCAUCUUCUACUCCAUCUCGUCCACGCAGGCUGGCUUACAAGGAGUGGAGCUGGGCAACUACCUCAUCAAGAGGGUGGUACGGGAACUGCAGAGUGAGUUCCCCCACAUGGCCCAGUUCUCCAGCCUCUCACCCAUCCCGGGUUUCUCCUCGUGGCUCCAAGGCCUCCUCAGCCAGUACCGGAAGGAAGGCCGUGGUUUGGACCUCCUGUCUGAGCAGGAGUGGCACGAAGUGGAACAAGUCACCGACGCAGCCCCCAGCGUCAUGGAUGCCCUCCGUAAGCUGAUCGCCACCAGCGAAUGGAUGCGUUCUGAACGUCUCUCCCGUCUCCUGGAGCCUGUCCUGAUGCGGCUCUGCGCCUGGUAUCUCUACGGAGAGAAGCGGCGAGGCUACGCGCUUAACCCAGUGGCCAAUUUCCACUUGCAAAAUGGCGCCACCAUGUGGAGGAUCAACUGGCACGCUGACACGAGCCCAAAAGGCGCGGCGAACUCUUGCGGUAUUAUGGUGAACUACCGUUACUUCUUGAACGAGACAUCCAAAAACAGUGCACUCUACCUGCAGAAUAAAGUCAUCACGGCAUCGGAUCAAGUUCUGGGAUUGGUGUCCCAGUUUCAGAAGAACAGCAAACUUUGAGAAGCAGAACAAAUAUAAAAUACACAUCCGGGGGACGAUAAAAACAAUGUCAUUUUUUUGAUUGACAGCUGGGUGAGCAGCCCAUCAGCUGCUAAUGUAAACUAUCUGUUGUUUGCAGUACUGUACAUUCAUAGGCUAGCUUUUGGCCUGUGUGAUUUCUUUAGUCAGUGCUCCCUGGCUGGGCUGAGAAAUCACAGCUAAUGAAGCACUCUACGAUUUAGCAUGUUCCAGGAUAACAGCGUGUGUAAUGGUGAAAUAGGAACAAUGGGGGUGCGCAGCUACUGGAAUAAAUGAUCUUUACACUUGGUUGAACUGUCUCGCAGCAAGCAGUAGGAGACACCUGCUGUCACAUUGCUCAUCCCCACAAAUGAAUUCAGACUGGAAAAAUCCCUCAAAAAAAAAAACUCCACACGAGAGCUGACUUUUAAUGAUUAUCACACAUGCUACGUAUCUUGACCUUCAUCGUCCACCGGCCUCACCGCUGAAGCAGCGGGAUGGAUCCGCCUGGUGCCGUUUUUUCUUUUUCUUUAGCAAAUUUUGCUGACACACACACACACACACACACACACAGCAGCAACCUCCCCCAGAGAGCCAUCACUGAUGUUCUAAGAGCUCUGUGCAGGUGCCAAACAGGGCUCAUAUCAGCCCACACCCCAUUGUUGUGAAAUAAUACAUCACAGCAAGUUGACUGUGAAAUUACAUUUUGUGUCUCCAAGGAGCCAAACUUUCUUCUUUUUUUCUGUCUUCUGUUGCCUUUCUUCUUCUCACAGUGCUGCUCUGUCCUGAAACUAAUGGAGUGAAAAAUAAAAUUAAAGUAAAUGGUUAGAUUAAUGGUGUUCAAUUGUGAAGAAGGUGGGAGGAGAGUAAAGGAGCAUAAAAAGGGCAGCAACUGUUGUCGUCUCCA